AUGUCUUCCCACCAGCACAAGCAGCCCAAUACCAUACCUCCUCAACUUCACCAGCAACAAGUGAAACAGCCCAGCCAACCACCUCCCCAGGAGCCAUGCAAUCCCAAGGGUCCACAACCAGGCACCACCAAGUUGCCACAGCCAAACUAUCCUAAGGUUCCACAGCCAGGCACAACCAAGUUGCCAGAGCCAUGCCAACCUACAGUUCCAGGGCAACAUCCCACCAAGAAGCCAGAGCCAUACUACCCUGUGGUAUCAGUGCCAACCCAAUCUAAGGUCCCAGAGCCAGGCACCACCAAAGUUCCAGGGUCUUAUCCACCUCCUGCCCAAGAGAAGUACCCACAGGUCCCCAAGACCAAACAGAAGUAA